AUGCUCCUCAACCGCCUGAAUAAUCACCUAGAACAGGGUAAUCUGCCGCAAAGCCAGUGCGGCUUCCAUCGUCAUCGCCGGACCACGGAUAUGAUCUUCGCCGCCAGUCAACUUCAGGAGAAGUGCCAGGAGAUGCGGACCCACCUGUACUGUACUUUCGUGGACCUGACGAAAGCCUUCCACACGGUGAAUCAUGAAGGACUGUGGAAGAUCAUGCAGAAAUUCGGCUGUCCCGAACAAUUCAUUGAGAUGGUGCGUCAACUGCAUGACGGCAUGAUGACGCGAGUCACGGACAACGGAGAUGUCUCAGAGACAUUCGCUGUGACCAACGGAGUGAGGCAGGGAUGCGUGCUGGCGCCUACCCUCUUCAGUCUUAUGUUUUCUGCCAUGCUGAUGAACGCCCCGGGAUCCGCAUCGCCUAAAGGACGGACGGCCACCUGCACAAUCAACGGCGGAUGUACUUCCGAUCGCGCGUAUCCACAACCACCGUUCACGAACGUCUCUCCGCUGACGACUACGCCCUCAACAUCACCUUGGAAGAAGACAUGCAAAGAGGCAUGGACUUCUACUCCGCCGCCUGCCAGGACUUCGGUCUGGUCAUCAACACAGAGAAGACGGUGGUCGUGCAUCAACCGGCACCCAACGCAGUCCCUCCCCACAAUGCGCCCCAGAUCCGAGUGAACGGAACCAAAAUGCAAAUAAUGGACAACUUACCCGUACCUGGGCAGUAACCUCUCCCGCGGCACCAAAAUCGACGACGAAGUUGCCCGCAGGAUUUCGAAAGCCAGUCAAGCCUUCGGUCGCCUUCAAAACACAGUUUGGAUUCGUCACGGUCUCCAGCUUAGCAUUAAACUGACGAUGUACAAGGCCAUCAUCCUCCCGACGCUGCUGUAUGGACCAGAGACUUGGACGGCGUACACGAAGCAGACACGUCGAUUGAACCACUUCCGCCUCAGCUGCCUUCGCCGAAUACUGAACUGAGGUGGCAGGACCAAAUCCCUAACACUCAUGUAACGGCACGGACGAGGAUCCUCAGCAAAUACACAAUGCUGAGGCAACUACAAGUGCUUUGGAGCGGCCAUCUCGUGCGAAUGCUCGACCAGAGGCUUCCCCAACGACUCUGUUAUGGAGACGCCGCCAAACAGACCAAACUCUUCGAUACAAGGACACUCUGACGUCUUCCAUGAAACGUCUACAAAUGAAUCCGGCCACCUGGGAAGACCUGGCCCGGGACCGACCGACCUUGGGAAGGACGGUGAAGACAGACGCUGCGAUCUACGAAGCCAACCGCAUCGCCGCCGCCAAAGCCAAACACAAAGCACGAAAAUCACAGCGGCGCCCACCCCGCGAUGCCAACUAACAACCGCCUCCAACGUGUCUUCGGUGUCGACGGACAUUCCGGGCACGAAUUGGACGUUUUGAACACCUUCGGAUCAACUGCAUCACUCGGACCGCAUCAACCGUCGUCCCUCCGUCCAAUUCUUCCUUUGCCUCUCCGCCGACAGUUAACUCGGGCCUCUUGGCGGAACCACCACUUCUAUCCUCCUCCUCCUCCUCCUUCUCCUCCUUCUCCUCCUCCUCCUCCUCUUUCUCUUCCUCAUCGUCAUCCUCCGCUUCCCCAACGGCUACCGUUGUGAAGGCUGUCACGCACAACAACGUUGCACACAAUCCUGACACAACAACAAACACCAACACUACAACCUCCGACAGCUGA